GUAUGGGAAACUACACAAAUACCAUACCCAACUUACAGAUUGAAGCUCUACUGAGCGUGUCACCUUCAAAGCUCACCGAUCCGCGGCAGGUCCGCGGUGUGUCCACCGCCGGAUCCGGCGAUCCUUUCGGUUCCGACAUCCUCGGAGGCUGCCUAAACGUCCUUCUUUACUACAACCGAGCAUGUCAAGAGGACUCCGGCUGGCUUCACGCCGGCUGGAUCAAGGAAUCCUUAGGAAAAGCUUUGUUGGAGCAACCUAUUUUCUGUGGACGGCUUCGGAAGACGGAAGCCCGCAGUGCUGCCGACGGUGAUAAACGACUGGAGAUUGUGUCAAACGACAGUGGCAUCAGACUUAUUGAGGCCCGAAUGCCGGUUACUUUGUCCGAGUUUCUUGGCUCCAAGAGCCGCCAUGAAGCAGAAACUGAGCUUGUCUUUUGGAAAGAUAUUGAUAGAGAAGAUCCUAACUUCUCUCCCCUAUUCUAUUUGCAGGUGACUAAUUUUGAGUGUGGUGGAUACUCCUUUGGGAUAAGUUGUAGCCUUCUUCUAGCGGACUUUUUGUUCAACGGCAACUUUCUCAAGAGAUGGGCAGAAAUACACAACACCAUGUUGUCAUCACCCAAAACCAAGUCACCCAUAUAUUACCUCCCUAAAUUCAAAAGAGACGGCAGCUCAAUCCCCGGCGUUUUCGGGUCUAGUCCGAGCAAAAAAAGUGGCCAAACCAUGAUCUUCGAUGCGCGAAAUUCAGAGAAGGAACUUGCAAUCACAAGUUCUCUUGCAUUGCUUUGUGUUGAGGAGGUAGAAAGCAAGCUUGGUUAUGAUUAUGACAAAAUAUCUUCGGAGUACUUCUCUUUGUUUGUGAAUGAACCGGGCAAUGUUAAAAUAGAGAAGUGUUCGAAACUUGGAAUUAUUAAUAAGGCAAAAUUAAGCCUUAAUAAUAUGGGCGUGACAAGCUCAAGUUGGGAUGAAGUUGGAGCACAUGAGGUGGAAUUUCGUGAAGGGAAUAAACCUGUUCAUGUUUCCUUUUGGAUUGGAUCAAGUGAUCAAAUUGUCAUGGCAAUUCCAUCUUCUGAAAAGGGUAUAUCUGGAAUGAAGAUAAUUGUGGCAGUUCCUAAUUAAUGCCGACCAAAUUUUAAGUGUUAAUCCUUGAAAUUGAAAUGAUUGUGCUCUUAUGAAAAAGUACCGUUUGAUGAUUUAAUUUUCUGCGUAUCACAAGUGUUUGUAACAUUUAUUUUUUAUUUUUCUUUUUGGUUAAAGGUUUGUGAAAUUGCAAUGA